AUGGAGAAAUCAAACAAUAGAAUGAUGAUUGAAGGAGAUUCUGAUUCACCGAUAGAAUCAAUUUCUAGCUCAAUUACUGCUGAAAAAGAUAAUGUAAUUUUAGGAGACAAUAUCAAUGAAGAAAGAGAUGAUGAAGAAAGAGAUGAAGAUGCUGCAAGUAUAAUAGAUUAUUACAAAUAUGACAAGGAUGAAAACAUAAGUAAAUGUCUAGCAAGUUAUACAGUAUCAAACUACAAUGAGGGAUAUGUGUUAUACAAAGCUCAUUCAAGAUCUGUUGGUUUCAGUGUCAGAAAAUCAACAAAGAGAAGAGAUACCAAUGAUAAAUUGUAUGAGUUUUAUUUUAGAUGUUCUAAGGAAGGACAUACAAAGGGUAAAAUGAAGAUAGCAGGUGAACAAAAUUCUGUGGAAAUACCCAUAUUGGGUAAAACUGAUGCAAAAAAGAGAAAAGAUAGGGAGGUAAAUGAGACAAGAACUGGAUGCAAAGCCCAUAUUCGUUUCAAGAAAAACAAAGAAGGAAAUUUCGAAGCUGUUACACAUGAGUUGGAGCAUAAUCAUGAAUUGGUUAUAGCAGUUCAACGACAUCAUCUAAGAUCAGAAAGGCUAAUAUCAGCUCCAAUGGGUGAACUAAUUGAGAGCAUGAUUGAGAGUGGUAUUAAACCAAUGGAUGCUUAUAAUUAUAUAAGCAAUGAAGCUGGAGGAGAAGAAUGUGUAGGUCAUACUAAGAGAGAUCACCUUAAUUAUGUAUCAAGGGUGAAAAUGAGUAUGGUUGAAGGUGGAGACAUGCAAAAUAUAUUAGACACCCUUCAAGAAAGAGCAGAUCAAGAUCCCUCAUUCUUUUAUAGAUUGAAAUUUGGAGAAGAAAAUAAUGUUGUGAGCUAUUUUUGGCGUGACUCCCAAAUUCUUGAAGAUUUCAAAGCUUAUGGUGAUGUUUUAAUCUUUGAUACAACAUACAGAACAAACAAAUAUGGGUUGAUAUGUGCUCCAUUUGUUGGUAUAAACAAUCACUGGAAAACAACAAUGUUUGGAUGUGCAUUCAUCACUGAUGAAAAGACUGAUACAUUUGUUUGGCUGCUUUCAAUCUUCAAAAAGUCAAUGUGUGGAAUUGAACCAAAAUCAAUCUUCACUGAUCAAGAUCUUGCAAUGAGCAACGCCAUACCAGAGGGCAUUUAA